AAAUAAGUCUUAGCAUGUAAAUCCUAUACAGGUAUUGUUAAAUUUAAACCUAUGAGCCUUCAAUUUUUUUGAAUGAUUGUAAAUGACAUUGAAUUUUUAAUUUUGGUUUUCAUAUGUUCAUUGCUAAUAUAUAGAAAUAUAAUUGUUUUUUGCAUGAUGAUAUUGCAUUUUGCAACUUUACUAAACUUCAUUAUUAGAUCAAGGAACAUUUACUACAGAUUCUUUUAUAUUUUCUAUGUAGAUGACUGUAUCAUUUGCAAAUGGAGAUGAUUUUCUUUCUUCUUUUCUGAUCUGAAGAUAAACUUGAAAUUGGAUGGAGCUGGAGACUCUGGAGAAAACCAGCCCAAGUGCAGUACUAGACUCUGCCUGAGGGAAUCAGAGUGGUGCAGCUUGGCUAUGAACCUGCUGUGAGGCCUUGGCCCAGUAUUCCAGCCCAUCUGAACUCAUUUUGAAUCUCAAUUUUGUUCUUCAGUACAUCUGAUAUCUCUGUCAGCUUUGAAUCAUUUUCAGACGUGGAAUGCUGAGAAGUGGCAAGGGGAUGAAGCCUAGUUAAAGGCCUACUUGUCCUACCACCCUUUACCCUUCAACGCUCUGAAUCCAGUCCCAGACUGUGGAAUUGAGGGUUCUGGACUAUGGUCUGUAGAAGCAAAGGAGAGAAGGACUCAAAUCCAGGCCAACUGUAUGGCUUUCUGAGGUGUUGGAACAGAAGGAGGUCCAUUCCUGUUGGUGAUAACACUGUGGCCCUGCCCUGAGAUGACCGAGGUAUAAAGGUUUUCCCCAAGAAAGAGCAGCUGAGUCCUUGCAUCUUGUGGCAGCUGGUGUACCCAGCACUGAGUUCAUCGGAGCUGAAGGCAGCCUGGCCUCUUCUCAUGGGCAGCACCCACCCAUGCUAAGGUCCUGCAGCGGUGGUGGUGUGAGGAGUUGUGCAAUUAGUUGUAACUGAAAAUGUCUGACAGUCUGGAUAAUGAAGAGAAACCCCCAGCUCCCCCACUGAGGAUGAAUAGUAACAACCGGGAUUCUUCGGCACUCAACCACAGCUCCAAACCACUUCCCAUGGCCCCUGAAGAGAAGAAUAAGAAAGCCAGGCUUCGGUCUAUCUUCCCAGGAGGAGGGGAUAAAACCAAUAAGAAGAAAGAGAAAGAACGUCCAGAGAUCUCUCUUCCUUCAGACUUUGAACAUACAAUUCAUGUGGGGUUUGAUGCAGUCACCGGGGAAUUCACUCCAGAUCUCUAUGGCUCACAGAUGUGCCCAGGGAAGCUCCCAGAGGGAAUUCCUGAGCAAUGGGCAAGAUUACUCCAAACCUCCAACAUAACAAAACUGGAACAGAAGAAGAACCCACAAGCAGUUUUAGAUGUUCUCAAAUUCUAUGAUUCCAAAGAAACAGUCAACAACCAGAAAUAUAUGAGCUUUACAUCAGGAGAUAAAAGUGCACAUGGAUACAUAGCAGCCCAUCCUUCGAGUACAAAAACAGCAUCAGAGCCUCCUUUGGCUCCUCCUGUGUCUGAAGAAGAAGAUGAAGAAGAGGAAGAAGAAGAAGACGACAAUGAGCCUCCACCAGUUAUUGCACCAAGACCUGAGCAUACAAAAUCAAUCUAUACUCGUUCUGUGGUUGAAUCCAUUGCUUCACCAGCAGCACCAAAUAAAGAGGUCACACCACCUUCUGCUGAGAAUGCCAAUUCCAGUACUUUGUAUAGAAACACAGAUCGACAAAGGAAAAAAUCCAAGAUGACAGAUGAGGAGAUCCUAGAGAAGCUAAGAAGCAUUGUGAGUGUUGGUGAUCCAAAGAAAAAAUACACAAGAUUUGAAAAAAUUGGUCAAGGGGCAUCGGGUACUGUUUAUACAGCACUGGACAUUGCAACAGGACAAGAGGUGGCCAUAAAGCAGAUGAAUCUUCAACAGCAGCCCAAAAAGGAAUUAAUUAUUAAUGAAAUUCUGGUCAUGAGGGAAAAUAAGAACCCCAAUAUUGUUAAUUAUUUAGAUAGUUACUUAGUGGGUGAUGAACUAUGGGUAGUCAUGGAAUAUUUGGCUGGUGGCUCUUUGACUGAUGUGGUCACAGAAACCUGUAUGGAUGAAGGACAGAUAGCAGCUGUCUGCAGAGAGUGCCUCCAAGCUUUGGAUUUCUUGCACUCAAACCAAGUGAUCCAUAGAGACAUAAAGAGUGACAAUAUUCUUCUUGGGAUGGAUGGCUCGGUUAAAUUGACUGAUUUUGGGUUUUGUGCCCAGAUCACCCCUGAGCAAAGUAAACGAAGCACUAUGGUGGGAACUCCCUAUUGGAUGGCACCUGAGGUGGUAACUCGAAAAGCUUAUGGUCCGAAAGUUGAUAUUUGGUCUCUGGGGAUUAUGGCAAUUGAAAUGGUGGAAGGUGAACCCCCUUACCUUAAUGAAAAUCCACUCAGGGCAUUAUAUCUGAUAGCUACUAAUGGAACCCCAGAGCUUCAGAAUCCUGAAAGACUAUCGGCUGUAUUCCGUGAUUUUUUAAAUCGCUGUCUUGAGAUGGAUGUGGAUAGGCGAGGAUCUGCCAAGGAGCUUUUGCAGCAUCCAUUUUUAAAAUUAGCCAAGCCUCUCUCCAGCCUGACUCCUCUGAUUAUCGCUGCAAAGGAAGCAAUUAAGAACAGCAGCCGCUAGGACUGCAAGCCUUACCCCACACCAUCUCCCUCAUGAGUAAGACUGAAAUAAAACUUCUGCAGGAAAGAUGGAAGAAAGACAGUCAAAUGGAGUGGGGGUUCUUUAACUUUACAAUGAAUAGAAACUUCUUAUAAGCCUUUUUCCUACUCCUUCAGAUUAUGUAAUUUAUUUGUAAGCCUGAAUUGCAGUCCGAAUAGGGCAGCAAUGUCGAAGUGGCCAUAAAGUGGUCACUUCCACCGUGAAGCGAAAGAGCCAGUAGUGAAUCCCCUCAUUUUGUGCAUUCACUUUGAAGAAAAAGGUUUCUCAAAGGUGCACAUUCCCUCUUCAUAGUGUUGUGUUUGUUUUUAAGUUAGAGAGUAGUCCCUCUUGCAUUCGAACCUCCUUCAAAACUCCUUACCCAAUGUAAUGUUUUUCACUUGCAUUGUCAUUAGAUGUCCAGAAAAAAGAUGUCAAAAUGUUUUUUUAAAAAGAAAGCAAAAAAACAAAAACAAAACAAAAAAACAAACAAACAAAAAAAAGAGCAAGUACAGUGUGAACAUGUGGAAGUCCAUGCCCAAAUAGAGUUGCAAUUUUUUAUUCUUCUUCUAUAGUGGUGGCUUGGUUUGUGUACCUGUUUUUCUGCACUUGCAUUGGAAAACGUUUCUUAAGAUACUUUCCAAAAGCAAGGAGGAAUCUGUGUUCAGGAAAGGCUUUAAAAACUCUAUAUCUAAAUAAAGCUCUAAUGGUGAAAUCCUGUCACAUUUUCAUGAUGAUGCUUAAGAGGUAGUUGAUUUAUCAUUUAUAUAAAUCACCUUGUUCAAUUUCAUGAUACCUGGAAAAAGACAUAUCAAAACUGUGGCACUCCUGAUGAGUGAGUCCAGGUCCUCAUAGGAGAAACCAUACUUAAACCAAAAGGAAAAUAAGGUAAGUGCGAAGUACUGAAAUCCUUUUUGGACAGUAAGUUAAACAAAGAUAAAAAAUUACCUAAUUUAAUCCUUUCUUGUGCUUGUGAAACAUAUGCACUCUAAAAUAGAUACAUCAGGGGAAAACAAACCCAUUAGCCAACAUUUGCUUAUGAUAAAAAAUUAUUUAUUUUGACAAGUUAUAACAUCUUAAAAUUUAAAAAAUGAUCUGGAGAACAAAUAUAUUUUUGUGAGCAUUCAACUCUAUAAGAAAUGAGAGGUCAGUGAAAACUAUAUCCCAAUCAACAUUUGACUAUAAGUACUUGUUCCCAUUUUCUUUAUAUACCACCAGUUUCUGUUCCAGGAUAUGUGUAUUCCUACUUAGUCUUUUGGGCUUUUGAAUUUCAGAAAUAUGUUCAUAAAGAUCUAAAAGUUCUCCAGUGAAAAUAAUUAGAGUGCACAAUCAUAUAUCCCAAGAAAUAUAAGUCCAACUGAAUUCCUUUUGUGGCUUGGAGAAAAUAUGAAAAUUUGACUAUUAUUUCACCAUGUAUCUAUUUAUUAAAAAAUUAACAGCACUUCCUGAAUCUUCUGAGAGUAGAAAAAUAUCUGGAGGAUGUCUGCAUAGAAAAGGAUAUGCUUCUCUUUUGAAUGAAUUGUCAAAUUUUAUAAAUUCUGCAAAGUUGUUUCUCUAAGCCUUUGAAAAGCUAACAAUUUGUGUUUUAGAAGGCUUCUUGAUUAGUAGCAUAUCAAGAAUAUCCACAUUAAGCAAGAGGAGGAAAGAGAUCAAUGCCUUGGACCUCUCUCCUUCUCUGCCGAGGUGCAUCCAUCCAUCUAACAUCUAUUUAUUCCUUAAAAUGAAAGCACUUUCAUUAGAGAGUUUCUGCUAACCAUAUAGUACAUGUUUAUGUUUAGGAGAUGACAUCAUUGGUGCAUUUCCUAUUUUCCUAUUGUUUUCUUUGACUAUAAAAUUUGAGAGGGGCUUAAACCUCCCACCCCAGAAAUGUCCACAGUGGGAUAAAACAACAAAUGUGAAAAGAAAAUCAAAUGGAAAUAUUGAUUUGAAGCGUACCACACUAUACUUUGCAAAAAUGUGGCUGGGCCUGAAUAUUUUAAUGCCACACAGUCUUAAUGAGAGAAAGGGGGGUUCAUUUUUUUAUUUUGCUUAAAAUUAAGUAUUUUUUUUUUUCCAUUCAUAGUGCCAGGGAAUUCAAUGAAAUAAUACCUUGGAUGCAAAUAGAAUUCAGUACGUUGAUAACUAUGCUCUGCCAAUGGAGAGAGCCCCAAACCUGGUUGGGCAGUCCUAGUUGUUAAAUAGCAUCCCUUUUAUGUCAUAAAGGCCUUUUUUUGGUGAGGGGAGACCUGGAGUAGUGAUCCUUCAGAUCACUACUUCAGAGCAGAGAAAUGGCUGCUCUUUUAUGCCUUCAAUUCAGCAUAUUAACUAUGAGGAGCCAGGUCCUUCUUUAUCACAUCUCACUGUACCAAGAUUUUAUAAUAUAUCCCAGUAGACUUUACUCUUACAAAUUUGUAUCUAUGUCAGUUUUAAAAUAAAAAGUUUCUGAAGUCCCUUCCCUCUGUGGAGAGUUAUGUAUUUUCCAAUACGUAUUAGAGAGAAACUGUUUCUCCUUCCAAAAUGAUGCUGAAGAAUUCACAUUUGGUACACUUGAACAAUUUGAAUUCCAGAUGGUUAAUAGUUUAUUCCCUUUCCCUGGAUUUUUUAAAAGCUCAUCUUGACACAGGUGUGUCUAUCCAGAUCUUUAAAGUUGCUAGUGUACCCUGAAAUAAUGAGGGCACAUCGUCAAAUGUUGAUUCCAAAAUGUCCUGAGAUUGGGAUAGGGCAGUGGGAAAGUCAGGGAAGGGUGAGAAGCACAGUAGAGAUUAUUUAUUUAAGAAAGAAAGAAGCAUUAAUGUUGUAACAAGGAUCCGGUGCGUUGUCAUAAUCCCAUGAGGAUUUUUGGAUGACACAAUCUCCUCAAAUCAGUCACCAUGUUGGGUAAUGACUUCGUUCUUGAUGAUCUCGUCUAUGUAUCAUUGUAAAUAUUUGUGUGUCCAUGUUGCUUUUUGGCUACUGGAUGGCCAAGUCAUAUAAGAAGAUUUAACUCAAGUAUUUAUUCUUUAACUGUGUUAUUCAUAUUUCUUUGAAGCUUGUGAAUUGCACCCAUCAUUGGAGUUUAACCACAUGAUCCCCACAUCUAUCCUACCCCUGUGAAGCACAUUCCAUUGCUAAAAGAAAAAGAAAUAUGAAAUUGCUUCCUGUUGUCUGUAUAAAUGUUUUGAUAGUUUGAGAAGUUUGUCUAUAAAGAAUAUUUCUCAGCUCAAAAACCAUGUAAAUAAUUAUAUUCCAUUGCUCAAUGGGUUCUUUAUUUCUAAUAAGGCUGCCAGUUCUCAGAGAGAAUCUGUAAAUCACUUUCAAAUAACAUAAACAGGAAUUACAACUAUGUAAAAAUAAGUGUGCAUAUGGACAAAGACUGGGAACACAGAUAAUUAGGGUGGUGGGAUUAUGCAGAAUUAUUUUUUCUUUAAAAAUUUUCUUUGGUAUUGUUAUAAUAUUGCUUUAUAAUAAACAUCAAAAAGGGGACAAUAGAAAAAUAUAAAAUAUGCCAGAAAGAGAUGCCUUCUAGCCAGAGCCCAGAGCAUGCAGGGCACAAAUAUCUGCUAGUUACAAUUAUUCCAUAGGCUUUAUAGUUCCUUGGGUGCUGAGGUUGGCACAUGGUCGUGUAUGGCACAUGCUUUCUUAGGGGACUAUUAUCUAUAAGUUAAAGCUAGGGAUAAUUUACUAUUAGAAUUACAAGCACAUCUUUUUGCUUUAAAACAGACUGUCCUCCACUUUGGAAUGACAUCAAGUUUUCUGUUUUGGUUGCUUUAAUUGGACAGGUGACAUUUGAUUAGUCCCCCUUGAUAAUAUGCGUUUUAGGUAUCACACUUCUGGAUCACUUUAGAAGAGUUUCAGGUUGAAUUUUGGAAGAAUAGAAGGAUAAAAUUUCCAAGUCCCAUCAUUUCCUUGUCUGACAGGAUAUUAUAUCAUUCAGGUAAGAUUCUUCUUUUAAUGACCAGUAGGCAAUUCUCCUUGAUUUCUAUGGAAGUUAUUAUAACUUGCAAUUAAAAGCUGACUAUGAAAGCAUUAAGACAAAUGUUUAGAACUGCCUUUGUCUGUUGCCAUUCAGUCACAGUUCUGUUAGCUUUAGCUUGAGAUGGCCUCCAUAUACUUUCUGUACUGCCUGAUUAUAGGUUAUAUGCAAUAGUUGACAUUGUUAAAGAGAAAAGGGAGACUAUCUACCAAAAGAGGGGAAUUUCCUUGUAACUCACCAAAGAAAUUUUAGGUGAUGGCUUUUAUAAUGAGGUAGUGGCCUCAGGUGCUACUCACUUUCACCAAGUGCAGACCCUGUACCUAGAGAAUCCACAGGCUUUUCAUUGACUAUUCUCAACAUAAAAAUACUUACGGAAGUCUAAACCCUGCCAUCCUCAGUUGAAUCUCAUGGUCAUUUUCUGAGCUACUUCUAGUUACUAUUCAGUUAAAUAAAGGCAUGGCCAGUGAUGCAAGCUUCUCCUAGUCUCUGAGCAAGAGGACUGCAUUUCAGCAUUUUUAAAUUGACAGUCUAAUAGGCUUUGGAUUUUGAGUGAACAUAACACACAGUUAUGAACAUAUAUUUGCAUGUGGAUUAGGAAGGAAAUAAAUGAGGCCAUGGAAGUAUUUUUCUUAAGAGAGAAUUUUUUCCUAAGAGAUUUGUUUAUGAUAUAAUUGUUUAGUUUGUUAGCUUUAAUUUUUCUCUCCUUUUCUGAUCUCACAUUUCUUUAGUAACUAAAUGAAUAUAACUCAACUCCUAAUGCAUUGGGAAUGUCUGUUUAAUAUUAAACAAUAUCUAACUGCAUCUGCAAAUGCGGGAACCUCCACGUGCACACUUAUGUGGACAAGUAUACUAGAAUACAAGUAAUAUUUACUUCCAUGAAAUAUAGUCAAGCUUACAACAUAAACUUAUAAGAAGCUGGUUAGUGCCAUCAGAGUCUCUUUUGGAAGCUGCCAUCAGGUGACUGCUAUCCCACAAUACCAACAGUAAGGCAGAUAUGAUGUUGACCUGAUUUAGUACCUAAGAAGAAAUCAGCAGCAAUUAUAGAGAAUGUCAGAUGUGAUGGAAGGAAUGUUAGUCUAGAAGUAAGGAGACCUGGAUUCUAAUAUAGGUUGCAUUACUAAUUUAAUGUGUGACCUUGGAGAAGUCACUUAACAUUUUUGUGGCUAUUUCUUUAUCUGUAAAAUAAGAGUAUUGAACUAGAUGAUCUCCAAGGUCUUUCAAAAAUUUCUAACAUUCUGUGAUAUUAUAGAUUGCCUUGCAAAUUCAACCUGCUUAAAGUGAUGGCAAAUAUUACUUACUUAAGCCUGGGUCUCUUAUGUGGCAGUUAAAUAAUAGCACUGUGAAAGAUGAUGAAAAAAACUCAAGUAAGUGAAGUUAAUAUUACUAGACAAUGUUGAUAAAACUUGUGGCGGCCUUCCAGUUCCUUCACAGUUGUUUUGUUCUGUUUUAGUUUUAAUGUCCUUUUUCCUGUUGAGUGUUCCCAGUUUUCGUUUUACAUACACUCUGUAUGUAAAGUCUGGUUUUCAUUAAGCCGUGGCCAGUAUUUGCUACUAGAACAAAAAUACACUGUCACACUUGCUAGAAUAGAUCUAUACUUGAGCCUCUUCUUUCCUAUGAAGCAGUGCUGGACUUCAUAGAAUUUACUUCAUAAAUGGCACAAGAUGGCAAAACCCAUGUAAUUUUAUGGUUGGGAGUACUACUAAGAGUGAAACUACACACUUGCAGGUUGCAAAGAAAGAAAUAAAAAAGUAAUUACAUGCUAUUAACAUUAAGGAAUGUUGAUAAAUCCACUUGUUGUGAACCAAAGAUAGCAUUUCUGAUUACAACUCCCACAAUGAUUGUCCAGUUAUAUGAGCAUCCUGCUGGAAAGAGGGUAAACUGGAAGUUAGUGGAUGGUCCCAAUCCCCUGCCUACAGUAGAGUGCCAACCAGCUCUGAGUGGAAAAUUCAAUUUCAAUGUGUGUGCUUGUGUGUGGUGUGCUUUAUGGAACACAUAUACUAUAUUCAUUAGUGAUAAGAUCGUUCACAGAAUCCCAUAACCAUUAGUGGGUUGAGUUUUAAAUCUCAGUACAUCAGCAAGGAGGAGCCAGAUCACAGAGUACUGAUGUCUACUGGGAAUAUUCUCAUAAUAUCCAGAGAAAGCAAGUUGAGGAGGAUCUACAUUUUCUACAUAUUCAUUGUUUAUCAGAAUUGUAUCUCAUUUGGCUGGGCAUUACUUUUGUUAAAAUGUUAUCUGUAAACCCAUGUGUAGUGAAAUUCUUCUGUAACUUUGGAUUAAAAGUAUUUAUGGUCUUUUUGUUUGUUUGAUUUUUAAGUAAGUUAUUUCUUUUGUAGAUCUGCUGAUGUAAUGUUUCCAUCCUUCUGACCUCAGCAUUUGAUAUUUUUAAGAACUUGUUUUUAAUAUUGUUAUUUUAAAUUGUGGUUGAAGCAAUAGAAAAUUGAAAUAUGGAUUGUGCAUGACUGUGUCUUGAGUGUAAAAAUAUUGCAGUUUGAAACUUGGACCUAAAGUAUUGAAAAUAAAAAUGACAAACAUCAA